AUGGGGCCCCGCACGCACUCCCUUUUCCGCCGGCAUGCACGCACCUCCCUGCAUUCCUUCCUUUCCGCCCCUGCAUCCCCUCAUUUCCCUCCCUGCAUCCCCUCCUUUCCCUCCCUGCAUCCCCUCAUUUCCCUCCCUGCAUCCCCUCCUUUCCCUCCCUGCAUCCCCUCCUUUCCCUCCCUGCAUCCCCUCCUUUCCCUCCCUGCAUCCCCCCUUUCCCUCCCUGCAUCCCCUCCUUUCCCUCCCUGCAUCCCCUCCUUUCCCUCCCUGCAUCCCCUCCUUUCCCUCCCUGCAUCCCCUCCUUUCCCUCCCUGCAUCCCCUCCUUUCCCUCCCUGCAUCCCCUCCUUUCCCUCCCUGCAUCCCCUCCUUUCCCUCCCUGCAUCCCCUCCUUUCCCUCCCUGCAUCCCCUCCUUUCCCUCCCUGCAUCCCCUCCUUUCCCUCCCUGCAUCCCCUCCUUUCCCUCCCUGCAUCCCCUCCUUUCCCUCCCUGCAUCCCCUCCUUUCCCUCCCUGCAUCCCCUCCUUUCCCUCCCUGCAUCCCCUCCUUUCCCUCCCUGCAUCCCCUCCUUUCCCUCCCUGCAUCCCCUCCUUUCCCUCCCUGCAUCCCCUCCUUUCCCUCCCUGCAUCCCCUCCUUUCCCUCCCUGCAUCCCCUCCUUUCCCUCCCUGCAUCCCCUCCUUUCCCUCCCUGCAUCCCCUCCUUUUCCGCCCUGCAACCCCUCCUUUCCCUCCCUGCAUCCCCUCCUUUCCCUCCCUGCAUCCCCUCCUUUCCCUCCCUGCAUCCCCUCCUUUCCCUCCCUGCAUCCCCUCCUUUCCCUCCCUGCAUCCCCUCCUUUCCCUCCCUGCAUCCCCUCCUUUCUCCCCCUGCAUCCCCUCCUUUCUCCCCCUGCAUCCCCUCCUUUCUCCCCCUGCAUCCCCUCCUUUCUCCCCCUGCAUCCCCUCCUUUCUCCCCCCUGCAUCCCCUCCUUUCUCCCCCUGCAUCCCCUCCUUUCUCCCCCUGCAUCCCCUCCUUUCUCCCCCUGCAUCCCCUCCUUUCUCCCCCUGCACUCCAUCCCCUUCUUUCCCUCCCUGAAUCCUCUCCUUUACCCCCGGCAUCUCCUCCUUUCCCCCCCUGAAUCCCCUCCUUUCCCUCCCUGCAUCCCUCCCCUUUCACAUCCUGCCUCCCUCCCUUCCCUUGCAUGCCCUCCUCUCCCCCCUCACUCACUCGUAACCGUCUUCCCUCUAGAAGUUGUGCAUGUAGUGCCAUCACUUGCUUAA